AUGAUGGUUGAAGCUCUCCCUACUUUUGAUAAAGUGUUUUCUCUUGUUCUUGGCCAAGAAAAACAACUCACAAUGCCUCUUAUCCAACCCUCUGAAUAUGAUCCUCCAACUCUAGCCUCUCAAAUUCAACCUCACCAUAACUAUGGUCGCAGCUCUUCAAGAGGCAGGGGUCGCCAUUAUUCUUCCCAUGGUCGUGGACAACCUUCUACUAGGAUUUGUUUUCAUUGUGGUCGAAACAACAAUAUUAUCGACUACUGUUUUGUUAAACAUGGUUACCCCCUAGGUUUUCAACAAAGAGGCAAAAAUCCUUCUGUCAAUUCUACUUCUGCUAAUCCUGCUUCCAAAACUCCUUCUCCUAACAACACACAAGAUCAGUAUACUCGGCUUUUCAAUCUUCUGCAACAGCAUCUUACAACAAAUGAUCCUACUACGACUACUCCUCUAGAUUUUGAACUUAACUCUCUAAUCUCUUCAACAGAAUUUGUGCCGGAAAAUGAUUGGUAUAGCUAA